AUGAAUACUCGACCGCCUCUCGAGACAACCAGCCUUCCACUGGUUCUCUCGAUAACAUUUAAUGACGAUUGCAGCUGUUUUGCUGUCGGGCUGAAUACAGGGUUUCGGAUCUUUAGCUCGGAAACAUGCACGCAGACCACAGCACGCGAAUUCAACGCGGGUGUUGGGCUGGUUCAGAUGAUGGGCAAGGCUAACUAUCUGGGCAUCGUCGGUGGGGGUAGGAAGCCAAAGUUUGCUGCCAACAAGCUGAUCCUCUGGGACGAGGGUAGGAGCAAGUCCGCUCUCGAUAUCAGCGCGUUGACACCUGUGAGGGGCACUCAGUUGUCUAAGGAACGGAUAGUCGUGGUGCUACAGAACAGUGUCCGGCUAUACAAGUUUGCCAAACCGCCUUCGUUCAUCACAGCCUACGAGACGGCCAACAACCCACUGGGGCUUUGCCGCAUGUCAUCCAGAAUCAUCGCAUUCCCAGGCCGAAGUGCCGGGCAGGUGCAAGUGGUUGAGAUUGCUACGUCAAACGUGAGCAUCAUCCCGGCCCACGCAGCGGCCAUUCGAGCCCUUCAGCUGAGUCUGGAUGGCGAGCUUAUAGCAACUGCUAGCGAGACCGGAACGUUGAUUCGAGUAUUCUCAACCAGGACCUGCGCCAAGAUAGCUGAACUUCGGAGAGGAAUCGAUCCAGCAGCUAUCUUUUCUCUUGCGUUCAACCCAUCUGGGACUAUGCUCGCUUGCACAUCGGACAAGUCCACUCUACAUGUCUUCGACAUACCGAAAGGAAAGAGAUUGGGUGGCCAGGGUGAGGACGGGGCGCCGGAAACAGCGAAUGAUCAAGGGAAAUGGGGGAUUUUGUCCAAGAUCCCUUUAAUGCCUCGAUUCGUCAAGGAUGCUUAUUCCUUUGCCACACACCCCUUCGAGGCGGGUGAUGAACCCUCUGGUGCGAACCAGCUUCUCACAGAGAGCUCAACACUUGGGACUAUGAGGCUGCCAAAAGGGGUUAUUGGUUGGCUUGACGACACUUCGCUGCUGGUAGUUGGAGCUGGCACUGACGCUCGUUGGGAAAAGUUUAUCAUCAAGGAUGAGGGAGGGGGCAAACGUUCUCUAGCAAAGGCGGGCUGGAAGAGAUAUCUCGCGGACUAG